CAGUUUCCGCUCAAAGCCCCAGUCUUGGCCUCAGGCCUCUCUGGCUUCUUCCCCAGAACCUUCGGGUGGGGGAAGAGAUUUCCCCCAACAUCUCUCUCCCUGUUCCAUCUGUUUCCUUCCCCUGUCUCCCCUCCCCACUUUACUCCCCUCCCCCAUUUGUCUCCUCACCAUUUGCUUUCCCUCUCCUGUCUCCCCACUCCAAUUUUUUCUCCUCUCCUCACUUCUGUCUCCCCCUCCCCAUCCCUGUCUUCCCCCUGUCUGCCUCCCUCUCCCCAGCCUUGCUCCUGCCAUCAAUUGUCUCCUUCAUCAUCUAUAAGUUUCCGCCUUUCUCCUCUCUCUGCCCCAUUCCCAUUUCUCUCUUCUCAUCUCUCUCUUCAUUGCUCACCUUUCUCCCCAUCUUCCCUACCUCUCUCCCCUGUCUCCUGGACACUCUCUUCCACUAGCCCCUCUCCUUGAUUUCUGAGGUUUCUUUCUCCGCAGCCAAAAGGGGGAGCCGGAGGAGACUACCAGUGAGGGGCGGAGGGGCCCCAGCCCAGGCCCAGAGCCCAGCCUGGCAGCGUCUCUCAGAUCUGGGACGACCAUUUCCUCCUUCAGCCCGGGAGGCCACUCGGGUUACGAGCUCAGGACAGUAGCAACUGGGAGAGUGUGUCUGCUGGUCGGGGAGGCCUUCUUACAAGGAGACCCUGGUCCGGUGGGGGCUCUACGUGAGUCGCUUUGUACCUCUGAGAGAUAAGUGUGUGGUUACUGCUGACUGUUUUCGUCCUUGCAGGACUUGACCUGUGUGAGGAUGUGAGAGUGUGUGGGAGAUAAAUGGAAACUUCCAGUGGGUGGCAGGCGGGUAUCAGGGGCUUGUCUCUGCGCUUUCCAGUUGGUUUGUGUCUCUGUCCUUACUGGUGUGUGACUGAGUGUACUUGGGUGUGCAUGCGCCUGAUGCACAGAUAUGGACACACUCAGCCCACGGGAUAUUUUCCUUGUUGAUGUAUGUGUGUUAUGUGACCACACUUUGAAAAGUUACUGUCCAAAUCUGUGCUGUGUUUCCAGUUGUCUUUUUUAAUUUUUUUUUGCCACACCACAAGGCUUGUGGGAUCCUAGUUCCGUGAUCAGGGAUGCAACCUGGCCCCCGGCAGUGAAAGAGUAGAAUCCUACCACUGGGCCACCAGGGAAUUCCCUCCAGUUGUGUCUUUAUAAUUGGGUGUGCCAGGCAAAUCCAUGGACACACACACAUACACACAGAUUCCAUCGAUCUUUGCUGCUUUGUGCAAUGCUUUGCAUGUCUUAUCAGGGUAUCUGUAUGUCUUUGUGCUGCACUGUUACACAGGAGUAUGUGACUGUCGUGGUCAUGUGUGAGUUCUGGAGCCAUGUUACCUGGGCUGAAUCCCACUGCUGAUCUUUUCUUUGGCUGUGAGCCACAGGCCAGUUGCUCACCCUGUCUGAGGCUCAGUUCUCUGCUGUAAAAUGUGGCUACUUACAGAAACCAGCUCAGGUGGCCAGGAAUAAAUGAGAUACAAAAUGUCGCGUUUAGAGUCACCCCUGCCAGGCAGCAGGUGCUGCUGAUAUUCGCCGUUGUGGUUCUCUGUGAUGUGUGUCUGUGUGUCUAUGUCUGAGGCUGGGAUCCGCCCCAGCCUCCUGGGCCUGCAGCCUCCCACGCUCUGAGCUCUGCUGUUGGGGGAACGUUCAGGGCACUGAACUGUGUUAUCAGGCUCUGGUGGCCUGAGCAGGAGGGUCUGGCAAUUCCCCUUCUGUCCUCACGUGGGAAAUGCUAAAUAUUUACAGUUGGAGCUCCUCGGCUUAGCAUUUCACAGCUCCAGUUCCAGGCUCUGGGUGGCUGGGGGUGGUUACCACGCCUCCUUCCUCCUUGCUCUCCCACUAGCCUCUCCUCUUCUCCAGAGGUCCCGCUGGACACUCUGCUCCUUCUCGGACUUCUUGUAUCUGCUGUGGGCCUUGUGGAACUCAGGGUCUUGGUCGUGAGAGGUCCGCCAUGUCGGCACCCCGGCUGCUCACGUUGCAGCUGCUGCUCCUGCUGGGCGCGUGGUGGGCGCGCGCGGCCGCCCCGCGUUGCACCUACACCUUCGUGCUGCCCCCGCAGAAGUUCACGGGCGCCGUGUGCUGGAGCGGGCCGGCGGCCGCGCGCCCGACGCCGGAGGCCGUGAACGCCAGCGAGGUGGCGGCGCUGCGCGUGCGCGUGAGCCGUCACGAGGAAUUGCUGCGCGAACUUCAGCGGCUGGCAACGGCCGAUGGCGCCGUAGCCGGCGAAGUGCGUGCGCUGCGCAAGGAGAGCCGAGGUUUGAGCGCGCGCCUGGGCCAGCUGCGCGCGCAGCUGCAGCACGAGGCGGGCCCGGGGGCGGGGCCUAGCCCAGGGGCGGAGCCCGCCUCGGCGCUAGCGCUGCUCGGGGAUCGCGUGCUGAACGCCUCGGCCGAGGCGCAGCGCGCUGCCGCCCGUUUCCACCAGCUGGACGUCAAGUUCCGCGAGCUGGCACAGCUAGUCAGCCAGCAGAGUGGCCUCAUCGCCCGCCUGGAGCGCUUGUGCCCGGGGAGUGCGGGCGGACAGCAGCAGGUCCUGCCCCCACCGCUGGUACCUGUGGUCCCUGUCAGUUUGGUGGGUGGCACCGGCGACACCAGCAGGAGGCUAGACUCAGCUGCAGAACCUCAGAGAGAUCAGACCCUGAGACAGCCGGGACCCCUGGCCUCUCCUCUGCCCUCGGGGCAUUCUGCUGUUCCUGCUAAGCCAGCAGGCCCAUGGCGGGAUUGUGCAGAGGCCCGCCAGGCAGGCCAUGGACAGAGUGGAGUGUAUGAGUUACGAGUGGGCCGGCACGUGGUGUCAGCAUGGUGCGAGCAACAGCUGGAGGGAGGAGGCUGGACUGUGAUUCAGAGGCGACAAGAUGGCUCGGUCAACUUCUUCACUACCUGGCAGCACUACAAGGUGGGCUUCGGGCAGCCUGAUGGGGAAUACUGGUUGGGCCUUGAACCUGUGCAUCAGCUCACCAGCCGUGGGGACCAUGAGCUACUGGUGCUCCUUGAAGACUGGGGAGGCCGUGGGGCACGAGCCCACUAUGAUGGUUUUUCCCUGGAGCCUGAGAGUGACCACUACCGCCUGCGGCUUGGCCAGUACCAUGGGGAUGCUGGAGACUCUCUUUCCUGGCACAAUGACAAGCCUUUCAGCACCGUGGAUAGAGACCGAGACUCCUAUUCUGGUAACUGUGCCCUGUACCAGCGGGGAGGCUGGUGGUACCAUGCCUGUGCCCACUCCAACCUCAAUGGCGUGUGGCAUCGAGGUGGCCACUACCGUAGCCGCUACCAGGACGGGGUCUACUGGGCCGAGUUUCGUGGUGGGGCUUACUCUCUCAAGAAGGCUGCCAUGCUGAUCAGGCCCCUGAGGCUGUGACCCUCUGUCCAUCUGUCCCUCAGGUCCCAGGGGAUGUGUGUCAGCAGGAGCCCAAGUUGUCCUGGUCACCCCUCCUUCGUGGCUCCACGCAGACCACGCCCCACAGACCUUUUCCCGUUGUGGAUCUGCAGGGCUUCCCCGGGGCUCUGCAGACAGUGCCCAGGAAUCCCCCUGCCAAUAUCUUGGACCCAGACGGCUCCCCAAGGGCAUUGAGAUCUCAGUUUGAGCUCAUAUUUUAUAACAACACAAAAUAUCCACAGA